UAGCAGAUCCAAGCAGCCCUGUUAACAGCUGGGCUUUUUGAAUGCCCUGCUUCGGCCGUCAUUGCAACUAUAUUGUUACAGAGGCAAAGAGCAAACAAGAUGUGUAGGGGAGAGAAUGAGAAUCUGCACGAAAGGGAGGGUUUGAGGAGCAGGGAGCGGUACAAACUGUGCGCAUGAUAGCAUAAGAUUGGUAGGCAAAGAGGGGGCUAGUUUGCGAGCAAGGUUUUCUCUUUUCCGCUGUAGUGCCUGUGCCACAUUCUGAUAAAGGGGGGGAAGCCAGAAGAGACUUUUUUUUCCUCAUAAACCAAUUAAAAAAGCAGAGCCGAUAGUAUCUCCAGCGAGAAAGGUAACGCACCAGGCGUGAAGAUGGAGAAAAGUACAAUGAGCUGAAGAUAGUGGCAGACCUGGAGUCUCUUGAAUCUCUCUUCACUUGCUGCAGAAAAUGGAAUUCCUUCAUUUGUACUACUACAUGCUGAGGGCUCCAGACUGUAGGCAAGACCAUGCUACUGCAGUAAGCCGAAGGCAGAGACGAGAGGCCCUAGACGACCUCUAAAGGUGGUGACUGGCCUGUUGGUGUCCCCCCUCCACCUCACACUCGGCCUGGCAGAGUGCUGCCUCUUCAAUUCAUCUGACUGCUCCUUCACCCCAAGACCCAAGGCUUGCUAUGGAAUUCACUUUACCCCCUGCCUGCCGCCCAGCCUAGUACACUACCUUAGUGGACUCCCUUCAUCUCCCUGUGUGUGGUUCUUGCCCACACUCACUGUAAAAAGUUCAGCAUAGACCUGGUACCUCCAACAGCCACUACUGGGUCCUCCACCAAUACCCUCCCCACUCCCACCCUCUCCCCUCCCCUAAGAAGAUGUCACUGAGCCUGACAACAGACAUCCAGCAGGAGGGAGAGAGUGGGCUACAAAUCGAGCCCUGCAGUCGAGGUAAAAGCUCUCCUCAACCACAGAGCAUCAAGGAUGGGACAGGAGAGGGGCCAGAGCCAGAUGAUAACUCUCCACAGGAUGCACAGCAGAAGCGGGCUACUAACCACAGCCAUGGCAGGAAAAGGGCCAAGUCUAAUGCCAAAAUGAAAUUAGUACGGAGUCUGGCAGUAUGCGAGGAGUCCUCUGGUCCUUUCCCCAAUGAUGGACCUCCAGAAUCGGAAAUAAUCCAGCUUCACAUCAGCUGCCCAUCAGACAAAGAGGAAGAAAAGUCUUCAAAGGAUGAGUAUGAAAAUGAAGAAAAGGAGAAGAAGGACAAGACUCCUCGAAAGAUGUUGUCACGUGAUUCCAGUCAGGAAUACACCGACUCCACAGGCAUUGAUGUUCAUGAGUUUUUGGUCAACACACUGAAAAACAAUCCCAGGGAUCGAAUGAUGCUGCUUAAACUAGAACAAGAUAUCCUGGAGUUCAUUAAUGACAACAAUAACCAGUAUAAGAAAUUUCCUCAGAUGACUUCGUAUCAUCGAAUGCUGUUGCAUCGUGUGGCCGCCUACUUUGGCAUGGAUCACAAUGUAGAUCAGACAGGAAAAGCUGUCAUCAUCAAUAAGACUGGAAACACUCGCAUCCCAGAGCAACGGUUUUCUGAACACAUCAAGGAUGAACGCAACAUGGACUUUCAGAAGAAGUUCAUCCUUAAAAGAGACGAUGCUAGUAUGGACAAAGAUGAUAACCAGAUCCGUGUGCCACUGCAGGACGGGAGGCGUAGCAAAUCUAUUGAAGAGCGAGAAGAAGAAUAUCAGCGGGUACGAGACAGGAUCUUUGCCCGAGAAGUGUCCUUUUUUUUGCAGUCGUCUCAAAAUGGAUACAUCAAUGACAACAGACUUUCCACUGAGGGCUACUGCUCUAGCUCUCAAAAGAGGAGACAGAUCUUUAGAGGGAACCGUGAGAGCUCCAGUCGAGCAUCAAGCAGUCGUCAAAGCAGCACAGACAGUGAUAUGAAGUGUCUGGAGCCACGACCUUGGAGCAGUACCGACUCGGACAGUUCUAACCGCACCCUUCGGCCACCCGUGACAAAGGCCAGCAGCUUCUCUGGCAUCUCCAUCCUCACCAGAGGGGACAGCCUUGGCAGCAACAAAGGAUCACAGGGAAGCUGCAAAGGCUCUCGCUCUGGCUUGCCCUUAGUCAGUCCUGAUGUUUGCCCUCCGCCUUCGGUCUCCCAAUCCAGCCGUAGCCUCCUACCCUGCCCGCCUCAGCCGCCACAGCAGCCACAGCCCCAGGCUCCACCUCAAACCGCUCUACUACCCACCCCACAGCAGCACCCCAUGGGCAACCACAUGAUUGCUCAGCCGGUGGCGUCUCUACAGCCCUCUCAGCCUGUCUCCUACUCCAGCCCCUCCUGCCCCCAGGUUCUCCUGCCAGUUUCUCCUCCCCAGCAGUACACAAUGGGAGAUGAGCUGGCAUCCCAGUUCACACAAAUGACUCUGAGUCGGCAGGGCUCCAGCGAGAACCCUGAGCCUCCACCCAUGUAUCAGCCCCCUCCCACCGUGCUAUCGCAGCACCCCCCACCCCAGGCUGGCUACAUCAUGGCUACGACAGGCCAGCCUUUGCCUCCACCGUCUGGCUACCAGCCCCCUACUGGACACCCUCAUCCGCCUCCACCUCCGCCUCCUCCAUCCCAGACUGUCAUACAGGCUCCUCCACCGCCACAGGGCUACAUCCAGCCCCCUCCACCGCAACAGAUACAGGUGUCAUACUACCCUCCUGGUCAGUACCCCAGUUCAGGACAGCAGUACCGCGUGUCCCAACCUAUAUCCCAUCAGGUGUCUUAUCAAGCCCAACGCACACAACCAAUGCCUCCGCCCAAUCAGCAGUCAGGUCUUCAGACCAUGAUGCCUAGCCAGCAGCCAAGCUAUCAGAACAUGAUGGGGGUGCAGCAGCCUACAAAUCCUGGUCUGCUAAAUUCCCAAAGAACGAGUAUUGGAGGCCAAAUGCAAAGUAUAAUGGUUCAAUACCCACAGAUGCCAUCAUAUCAGGUGCCAGUGGCAAACGAAAAUCAGCAAGUGGUGCAGCAGCAGUACCAGCAGCAGGUCAUGGUGCCUGUCAGCCAGUCUGUCCAGGGGCCUAUGCCUGUCUACUACAGUGUUAUUACACCAACACAGCAAAAUAGCACAAGCCCGUCAGUGGGUUACCUGCAGCCUCCCAGCUCAGAGCAGUUUCAGAUCACACAGUCACCGUCUCCCUGCAACCCUCAACCAUUGCAACAGCAAUAUUCAGGAGUGGCUCCUCCAGGGCCCGGGGUAAUGGUCAUGCAACUCAGUGUCCCCAACGGACCACAGCCUUCCCAGAAUCCUCCUCUCGUUCAGUGGAACCCAUGCAAGUACUACAGCAUAGAGCAGCGGCCCAGCAAGCCAGGAGAGCUCUACAAACCUGACAACACUCCACAGGCCAACACUCAGCUGACCAGUCCCCUUGCCUCUCCCACUCAGUCCCCCACCCCGUCUCCCUCUGGCAGUGUCAACAGUGUAUGUCCAGGCCUCGGACCACUACCCCUUAUUUCCCAGUUUCAACGGCCGGGAGGACCGGCUCAAGGUGACGGUCGAUACUCUUUAUUGGGGCAGCCUCUUCAGUACAGCCUGUGUCCUCCACCCCUCAUGCAUGGCCAGUCCUCCUAUAACUCCCACCAGGGUCAAGGAGUAAUCAAACACGGAGCACGAGGAAAGAAGCAAACACUCAAAUCUGCAUCGACAGAUCUUGGCACCACAGACGUUGUUGUGAGUCGAGUACUCGAGGUGACCGACCUGCCGGAGGGGAUUUCACGUCCGGAGGCCGAAAAGCUUUUCAACCAGCUGUCAAUGUGCGGCGCUAAGAUCCAGUGGCUAAAGGAACCCCAGGGAGGCCGAGGGGUAGCUGGAGGCUGCGGCCCCUGUGUCGGAGCCAGCGCGAUGUCUGGGGUCGGCAUGGGAGCCGGGGGAGGGAAGCUAGACGGCCACGACCCAGCGCACCUCUACACAGUAGUUGCAGUGUUCCCCACCACCAUGGCUGCCCAGAGUGCUUCCUUCAAACUCAACAACAGCGGAGCCAGCCUCUUCAAACUUCGGGCUGCCAAAAAGAACUAUGACCUUCGUGUGCUGGAGAGAGCCAGCUCUCAAUGAGACGAGAGGAGAGGGCGAGGACAGACAGAGACAGACACAGAGACUUUUGGUGGAAAAGGAAGGACAACUGAGUGGGGCUGCUCCUAGUGUACAAUUUAAAAUCAAAAUGGAAAAACAAACUUGAGUUAAAUGAUGUGUCAAAUGUAUAAAAGGGAAGAAGGUGUGAAUCAUGAGGUGGCUGGUGUUUGGUUGCAAAUCAGAUUUUUGUUUGUUUUUAUUCAUUGGUUUUGUUUUGUAUUUAUAAAGCAGAAGAGCACACAAGACACGCAAGCAUGUGUUUCACUGUUGCCGUGGAAUGUGUGCUGCCAUGAUAUAAUUACACACGCACACACACGCACACACCCCCGCAAACAAACCAAAAGACAGACAGGUACACAAAGUGCAGGUAACAGGGUCACGUAGCACAUAACAAAAACACACUGGACAGUCGAUCUCAGUCAAACCUUUUCCUCUUCCUCCUCCCUCCCUCCGUUUCUCUUUCCUCAGCUCACCGCAUCCCGAUUGUCUCUGAAUCUCACAUAUUUAUAAAUUUUCAUACGCAGAGUUCGCACUCUUUCUGCUCUCCCCAGCUGCCAUUUCUCCUCUCAUGCUUCCUCGUCUCUUUCUCUGCUUCUCUGUUCCUCUCAUGUAUCACUGCGCUCUCCUCUCUUGCUUUCUGUUUGCCUUACUGCUGUUGUGGAUUUAUGUAUUGCGCUGGUUCUUUAUUUCUCAGAAGUUUUCCUUUUUUGAGGGUUCAAUAUAUUUAUAUAAGUGAUGUAAGGAAUUAAAGAAAACUAUAUAUUCAGUGAUUUUUUUUUUUCUUUCCCGAGUGACGAAGUUUAGGCCUUCCUUUUCUCCUUUACUCCUUCCUUCUUCAUCCCCGCUCCUCUUUGCUGCCCUGUACCUCACUUCUUUAACCCUCUUCCUCUCUCCCGAAGACCGCCCCGCCCGAUCCCCGAUCUCCGCCCCGACGUCCCCAUUGUGUUUGCGUUUUUUGUUGACAGCCGUGCAGAACGUAUCAGAAGAAGUAGUUAAAAGUGCACAAUGAUUGCAUAUGUCUACUGUAAAUUUUAUUUAAUCUGUUAUUUUUGUUUGUUUUUAAAAAUAUAAAAGUCAAAAAAUCUAUGAAAACA